AUGCCGGUGCAGCUGACUACAGCCCUGCGUGUGGUGGGCACCAGUCUGUUUGCCCUGGUAGUGCUGGGGGGCAUCCUGGCGGCCUAUGUAACAGGCUACCAGUUUAUCCACACGGAAAAGCACUACCUGUCCUUUGGUCUCUACGGUGCCAUCCUGGGUCUACAUCUGCUCAUCCAGAGCCUGUUUGCCUUCCUGGAGCACCGUCGAAUGCGCCGGGCAGGGCGCCCCCUCAAGCUGCACUGCUCUCAGAGGCCACGUUCAGUGGCGCUCUGCAUUGCUGCCUACCAAGAGGACCCUGAGUACCUGCGCAAGUGCCUUCGCUCAGCUCAGCGCAUUGCCUUUCCAAACCUCAAGGUGGUCAUGGUAGUGGAUGGCAAUCGCCAGGAAGAUGCCUACAUGCUGGACAUCUUCCAUGAGGUGCUGGGUGGCACUGAGCAAGCUGGCUUCUUUGUGUGGCGUAGCAAUUUCCAUGAGGCGGGUGAAGGAGAGACGGAGGCCAGCCUGCAGGAAGGCAUGGAGCGUGUGCGAGCUGUGGUGUGGGCCAGCACCUUCUCAUGCAUCAUGCAGAAGUGGGGGGGCAAGCGUGAGGUCAUGUACACUGCCUUCAAGGCCCUUGGCAACUCAGUGGACUACAUCCAGGUGUGUGACUCUGACACUGUGCUGGACCCAGCCUGCACCAUUGAGAUGCUUCGAGUCUUGGAAGAAGAUCCCCAAGUCGGAGGUGUUGGAGGAGAUGUCCAAAUCCUCAACAAAUAUGAUUCAUGGAUCUCCUUCCUGAGCAGUGUGAGGUACUGGAUGGCCUUCAACGUGGAGCGGGCCUGCCAGUCCUACUUUGGCUGUGUGCAAUGUAUUAGUGGGCCUUUGGGCAUGUACCGCAACAGCCUCCUUCAGCAGUUCCUGGAGGAUUGGUACCAUCAGAAGUUCCUAGGCAGCAAGUGCAGCUUUGGGGAUGAUCGGCACCUUACCAACCGAGUCCUGAGUCUUGGCUACCGGACUAAGUAUACAGCACGCUCUAAGUGCCUCACAGAGACCCCCACUAGGUACCUUCGAUGGCUCAAUCAGCAAACCCGCUGGAGCAAGUCUUACUUUCGGGAAUGGCUCUACAAUUCUCUGUGGUUCCAUAAGCACCACCUCUGGAUGACCUACGAAUCAGUGGUCACAGGUUUUUUCCCAUUCUUCCUCAUUGCUACAGUCAUACAACUCUUCUACCGUGGCCGCAUCUGGAACAUUCUCCUCUUCCUGCUAACAGUGCAGCUGGUGGGCAUUAUCAAGGCUACCUAUGCCUGCUUCCUUCGAGGCAACGCAGAGAUGAUCUUCAUGUCCCUCUACUCCCUUCUCUAUAUGUCCAGCCUCUUGCCAGCCAAGAUCUUUGCUAUUGCUACCAUCAACAAGUCUGGCUGGGGCACUUCUGGCAGGAAAACCAUUGUAGUGAACUUCAUUGGCCUAAUCCCUGUGUCCAUCUGGGUGGCAGUUCUUCUAGGGGGGUUAGCCUACACAGCUUAUUGCCAGGACCUGUUCAGUGAGACUGAGCUAGCCUUCCUAGUCUCUGGGGCCAUCCUGUAUGGCUGCUACUGGGUGGCCCUCCUCAUGCUGUAUCUGGCCAUUAUUGCCCGGAGGUGUGGGAAGAAGCCAGAACAGUAUAGCCUGGCUUUUGCGGAGGUGUGAUCUAACCUCCAAGUAAAGUGGGAAAUGUGCAAUGGGUAAGGGAGGGAAUGGAAAAGAUGGGGUGGGAGGGAGGAGGGUGUGUUGUGUUCUAGUUUCAUGGCUGAAAGGACCGAUCUGAAAUGCAAGUAAUAGUGACUGUGGUGUGGCCUGGGUAGCUCUGCUCAGCAGAAGCACGGCACUGGGCAGUUGGGCUUGUAUGUUUCUAGGCUGCUCAUCUGCCUGCCCUUGCACACGUAGUGAACUCUGAGAAAUGAUUUUACUUCUUUCUGGGAACUAUAGAGAACCCAGAAGUGUGCUAAAAUAAGUGCUAAAUUCCAUCCUGUGUCAACUUCUGGUACAGAAACAAGCAAUGACAGCUCAUAGAAAGUGUCCUCCUAGCCCAGCUGAACAUGACAAGGAGUUCCUGUCAAGUGUGGCCGAUUACUGUCCCAUUUCCCUAACCUCCAAUUAGCCAUCAAUGCAUUAAGACUGUGCCUGAGAUAACGAGGCUGGGAAGCCUGACCUUUGGUCAAAAAACAGGGUCUAAGAAAUGGUGCUUUAUGUAAUUAAUAUAUUCCAUUCCACAUCAAAACAUCCCAGGGAUAAGCCAAGUCACCAGAAGUAAGUAAUGAGUUUGGUGGGGAUUUUAUUGUUGUUUUGGGUACACAUUACAAAGGAAAGUUUGUAAUGCACCAAAACAAAAGCUGGCCAGUUAUCCUGGUGCACAUUUGUAAUCCAAGCACUUAGAAGAAGAGAUCAGAGGGUCAAGGUUAGGCUAGACUACAUGAAAUCCUGACUGUCUCAUACAAAAAAGGUUUAACAGGAGAAUCAAAGAUUGUUGUGGUGCUAAAAUCCAUGGAUGCCUUGGACUGAAUAUGUUCCAACUGAUAACUGCUUGGUCUUUUACAAAAUCCUCCAAAUUGUCAAGAGAAGUUGCUGGGCAAACUGAAUGUUUUAGCCAUCUACUGGGAAGACUCAACCCCAGUGGAUUCAGAUAAGAAGUCUUUAUUCUAGCUCAUUCCUACCUGAAUGCCUCUCAGAUGUGGCUCUCAUCCUGCUUGCUAUUUGAUUCUCUUCAGAGCCGAGCACGUUGCUCUUGGUUGUUUUCUGAUGGGGAGAGCAGCAGUUACCUCUUCAUUUUCAUGGGUAAAUUCCCAUGUGACCUUGGCAGAGACUAGACUCUUGCAAGGCUGUUCCCUACAUGCAUGGACGUUAACAACAGCCUCCAGCCACACUGUUCAUCGUCCAGGACUGGUCAGGACCUUGGCAGCUGGUUAGUUAGCAUGUGUGACUUUCUCGACAAUCAUCCCCAAAGGAAAGCUUUCUGGAGUUGCCCAAAUGAACCUUCAAAUCCACACUGGUCAUCUUUGAGAGCAUCCAUUCUCAGUGGCUUCUCCAAGGAAUUCUAUGACUAGUAGAUGCACCUCCAUUUGCUGCUUCAGUCCAGAAACCAAAGUAGGAGCUGGAACUGGUCCAACAGUCUUCAGUCCUCUUACAGCCCUCAUUGACUGCCGAUUUUCUUGUUUCUCUUGAGGAACGAGAAGCUUUUACACUCUUUUGAAGUCAAGACCAGAUUGCUCUGGCUUUGAAACCUGCGAUCAUGACUAAGCCUUUGACUUUGUGGGCUACUUACAAUUUCCCCAAACAUUUGUUCUCUGAGGGGCCAGCUAACCCCUCAGAACCAAGUGGGUUGGAUAGCAGUGUACACAGGUGCUUCCUACAAAGGAAAGUGCACUCCAAACCACCGAUGGGCCAUCCCUUGUAUUUCCCUUCCUCGUAUGAACAAAAGGUGUUUUCCAGGUGUAGCUAACAGUUGCCGCAGCACACAAACCUCAAGUUUCUAAUAAAACUACGGGCUGGUGUGAGGCCCAAAUCAUGGUGGCUGAGGAGCAGCAGACAUUAGUUGUUCUGGGUCCUUCUGUUAAGAAGUGAACUAUUUGAGCACUACAAUGGAGACAAUCCAGUCAACUUCGCGGCUCAGACUAAGGGCUUGUUUUUCUUCAGCUUUUACUUAAAGGUUACAGGACAAUGGACUCUGGAUGAAAACUGGUUGUCUACCGUCAGCCCCUCUGCCUUGCACUGUGGUCAACUCUCCUCAGAUUAAAGAUGCAGGUACAGUAGUGAGCUUACAACAUUUGACCUCGACUGGAUUUCCUAAUUUAUUUUAUAAGCAGCAAACUAAACUGGGUCUACAGCUAUAUCCCUGUUUCUUGCAAGGGAAGAGCCUUUAUACAAUUAGACUCAUUUUGGUUUUUUCUCAUUGACAAUUUCAGCCUCUUUUGUAUUAUUUCUACAAUAAUUUGUAUAUAUUUAUUUUUUCCUGCUUUUUUAUUAAAUAAGGAGGGAACUUU